GUCCAAUGAUGGAUUUCAAGGAACACAGUUUCCGGCUCGUUGUGUUCACGACCGUGCCUCAAGAGUCCUGAGUGUGGCCUCGUUUAGGAUGUAAAUGGUGAGGAACCUGUUUUGUACUGUCAACUAAAUGUGAGGGGCAUUGGCUACAGGAAGUAGUGAUGGUGCUUUGCGAAGGACCCCGGCUGUUGGACUUUGCAAAGACCCCUCAGCACCUUCAGUUCAACAAGUAUGUCCUGACGGGGUACCGGCCAGUGUCUACAGCUCAUGAGUGCCUCAGGAGCCUCUUCUACAUGCACAAUGAGCUGGGGAACAUUUACACCCAUGGCGUCCCCUUUUUCCUUUUCUUGGUGCUGCUGCCUUUCAGCAUCCCCUGGAUGGAGGUGGACAGUGGCUGGAUCUGUGUGGUCCACUACCUGGCCUGCCUCUCCCCCACUGUGGGCUCAGUGGUCUAUCACAUAUUCAUGAACCAUGUGGGAGGAGAACAUGUGUACGACACCCUGCUGUCCCUGGACAUGUUCGGGGUCUGUCUGGUUAACACCUUGGGUGCACUUCCCAUCAUCCACAUCACCCUCCUUUGCUACCCAACCACGCGACACAUUGCCUUGCUGGCCUACAUCCUCCUGUCAGCCUACGGCAUCUACUGUGCCACCACUGCCCGCACUAAUGUCCUGCGCCUGCGAGCGUUCGUCUGGCAGGCCCUGUUCCGCUUCAUCCUCUUCCUGUUCAGGGUUUACGGCAGCGGGGUGGGCAGCCCAAACUCCCUGCGCCUCUUCGUCAUCAUGGACUCUCUGGCUGUACUGGGAGGGCUGGUCAACAUCAUCCAGAUCCCUGAGCGCUUUGUCCCCGGCGCCUUUGACAACUGGGGCAACAGCCACCAGAUAAUGCAUGUCAUGGUCAUUUGCUCAAUUAUCUACCUGCACUGGGGCACACUGGAGGAUUUAGCCUGGAUUAAGAGCUACCAGUGUCCUACUGAGUGAUGCCAAGUGUAUUGAGCACACACAUGCAUGCACUGAAGCCUGCACUGAUAGAAAUGAGAUAUAGGAUUCAGCGAGGCCGUGAGGUAUAGUGGGAAGAGAGGCGAGUUGUUUCAAAAUGCACUUUAGUCUUAGCUGCGGAAAUUCUUCACAAGGGAAGUUUGCAAUUUGACAUUUUGCCAGCGCAGAAUAAAGAGGAACUGACAGUGUUGUAACUGUGGAACUCAAAUAUCAAUAUAUCAAAUUAAAAAUCCUGAGCACACUUGA